AUGGAUCCGGAUGCGGUGGCAAAGGCAUUUGUGGAGCACUACUAUAGGACCUUCGACAACAACCGGGCGGAUCUCGGCAACCUGUACCAGGAUGGCUCCAUGCUGACCUUCGAGGGGGCGAAGACGCAGGGAUCUCAGGCCAUCGUUGCCAAGCUCACCAGCCUCCCCUUCCAGCAGUGCCUCCACAACAUCUCCACAGUCGAUUGCCAGCCCUCCGGUCCCGGGGGCGGCGUGCUUGUCUUCGUUAGCGGCUCUCUCCAGCUCGCCGGUGAGCAACACUCCCUCAAGUUCAGCCAGGUGAGAUGUGUCCCGUCUGGCGUUGAUGUGAUCUUGGGUCGAUUCGCUUUACAAUGUCCUGACGUCAUGAACAUUUCCCCUUCGUUUAUCCCAUGUUGUGUUUUGCUGUUCUUGAUAUUUUUUUUGAAUUUGGCGAUCGACUUGUGUCCUUGCGGGAUCGCUGCACAUUUCUGCUCCACGAAUGGUUCCCUUUGGUGGAUGCAGUAUUUUUAAUCCACUAAGGUGCUGAUGGCUGUGUGGUUCAUAGUUGUAUUUGAUCAUGGAAGCAUCUCAUCUAUUCAUUUUAUUCAUUUGGUCAUCUUUUCAUUUGCUAAUUUUUUGGCGUUUCGAUGAAAUUUAUUUUGACUGUGAGAUCUUCCGACUUUUAUGCCUACUCCAGCACACUAUUUGCAAACCAUUUGGUUGUAUGUCAUUCAUUGUUUAUUUUGUUUAUAUUCUUCUUCGUGUUAGCCAAAUCCGUAAUGCAGAAUUUUGGAGGGAUGUAGAGGCAGUAUGUGAGUUGGAUUAGUUGUAAGCAUUCUACAAGGUUGAGAAUGUGCGUUGGUUGCGGCAUUUUAAAUUCAUCCCAUUGAUUAAACUUCUUUUUGAUGCCGCGUGUGCCAUAGUUUUGACCCCAUAAACUUCUUCUAGACGUAUACUAUUUUUCAUCCAAUAGUUCUUUUUACAAUCCAGUUAUACCUUUUGGUCCAUUUUUCUUGUGGUCAUCAAUAUCUGAAAUAUUUGCGAUAAAUAUUGAAUAGUAAGGAAAUGCAUUCUGACUUUUUGUAUAAGUUUUAAUAACUGAGAAUCUAUUGAACGUUAUGGAAUUUUAUCUCACUUUUCUUUUAUCGUUUCAUUUAACAUGCCUUCGCCAUGAAUCUGGUUUGCAACCUCUUGAAGCGUCUGAAAUAUCGACUCUCCUUUGUCCCUUCUUUAGUCACCUCUUUGAUUAUGUAUGUCCUUAUAAAUCUGGGAUCUGUUUGACAACAUAAGCAUUUAUAAAUCCAGGAAGGUAUUUUAAAGUUCUGCUUCCAUCGUUAAUGCAUGAUGUAGUGAUGAGCACACGCCAGACUAAAUUUAGAUAAGUGAAAUCAAACUAUAUAAGCAUAUCUGCGGUACUACAAUUAAUGGCUGCUCAAGGUCAUCAGCUUAGAUUGAAGACCGCCCAGUAAAAAAUAUAUGCGCCUACAUUUGGAUGUGGAAGUACAAAAUUGAAUAUAUGCAUUUCUAAGAUUGCAGAAGGUUGAUUUUAAAGAGAAAUACAUCGCGGAGUUGCAAUCUUUUUUAAUUUUUGUAUAUCAUCCAUUUAUACUGGAAACCUGAAGAAUAAUUGUCUGCACAUUUCAUGCAUGCAUCUUACAUGAUUAGGAAUCACAUGAUCCACAUGUACUCCAAUGCAAUUCCGACUUUCUGACUUCGAUAUAACCUUAAGUUUUGGCCAAUUCAUGUUGUGGAUAUUCAACAUUCCUUCAUCCCGUGGAACCUUUGAAGCUUCAAUCAUCUUGAAUGCUAGCCAAAUUGAUCAUCUUAUAGGUAUAUGUUGGACUUGGUUCCACUAUUGGCUGGUAGUAGAUGGAGAUGAAGUUGAGGACGCUGCUGAGGCUGUACUGAACAAAAUGAAAGUUAUCUAUCUAUCAUGAGAGGGGAAGAAUAGAGGAUGAAAAUGAUAGAUCAUAAAUUCUAGACUAAGAUCCCAUCUCGACUCCUAUGCUGCUGACAAGUGAGAUAACAUUGAUAGCUUGAGAAUGUCAUUCAACAGCUCCCAGCUGCAUUUUAGAUCACAUUAAUUUCUCAGCUCAUUCACAGUCUGGUUGGUGGUCAACUAAGCUCACAAAAUCAUGGAACUUUCAUCAACUGCACUGGAUGUCUGGAGGUUAGCCUGAUCCACUUACACCCUAAUACACAGGGAGAUGGCAUAUGUUCUUCUGGUUAUGACAAUUGAUAUAUCUGUGGCCUCUUUGGUUGAUUCUCGGUUUCAUCAGUGUAUAAGUGGUAUAUUCUGAUCCUGCCAGACGAGGUUUUUUUGUGUUAAAAAGGCGAUCCUAUUUAUACCAUUAGACAUGGUUUUAGAUUCUUCAUGAUUUGUGUGAUGAUGCACUGAUAUUAUUUUGGAGUUGCUCUGAGCUCAUGCCAUUUAGAGAUGUGAGUACUAAUUAUGCGGCCAUUUUUCUUAAGGACUGUUCUACAUAUAUCGGAGCCAAUCUGAUGCAAAGUUCCAUUAAAUCCUUUUUCUUUGACCUAAUAAAUCGAGAGUUGAGCGCCUCUAGGCAUGUAGGCCAUCUGAUGGCUCCACUUCUAUAAUCCAGACUUUUUAGUGAAAAUAUAUAUAAUUUUCCCCAAAUCAUGCUGAUUAUAUGAGAAAAUGCCCAGAUCCCUCUCUCUCUUCUAGCUUGAUGCCGUUGCAGUCUGGUCUCUCUCUCUCUCUCUCUCUCUCUCUCUCUCUCUCUCUCUCUCUCUCUCUCUCUCUCUCUCUCCCCCCCCCUCGCAGAUGUUCCAAUUGAUUCCGACUCCCCAGGGCAGCUUCUAUGUUCUCAACGACAUCUUCCGGCUGAACUACACCUAA